AUGAGUGCAACCAACGAGAACAAGGCGACAGUCAUUGUCUUCCAUGAGCCGGACUCCCACACGGCGCAGUACCUUGUCAUUGACGAGACUACGUCAGCAUGUGCUGUCAUUGAUUCCGUCCUCGAGUAUAAUGCUGUUUCCGGCGUGACUUCGACGACUGAGGUCGACAAGAUCAUUGCUGUCAUCAACGAGCGCGAACUGCGUUGUGAGUGGGUUCUGGAUACCCAUGCUCAUGCUGAUCACAUCUCGGCCUCGCGCUAUGUUCAGUCAAAGGUCGGCGGGACGACUGGCAUUGGCGAGCACAUCAAGACCGUCCAGUCCAUCUUCAAGACCGUCUUCAACUGGGGCGAUCUCAUUCCGGACGGCCGCGACUUUGACAAGCUGUUCAAGGAGGGCGAGACGUUUGCCAUCGGCUCGCUCGAGGUCAACGUCCUCUCCACUCCGGGCCAUACCCCGGCGUGCGUCUCGUACUACCUGCCGGGCGACGCUGUCUUUGUCGGCGACACUAUCUUCAUGCCCGACAUGGGCACCGCUCGCUGCGACUUUCCUGGUGGCUCGUCUGAGGUCCUCUGGAACUCGGUCCAAAAGCUGUUUGCUCUCCCGGACGAGACCCGCCUGUUCACCUGCCACGACUACGCGCCCGGCGACCGAUCCGACUACGUCUUCGAGUCGACCAUCGGUGCGCAGAAGGCGUCGAACAAGCACGUUGCCUUGGGGACGGACGAGGAGCAGUUUGUGAACUGGCGCGCCGAGCGUGACGCCACGCUCUCGCUCCCGCGCCUCUUUGUGCCGUCCAUCCAGCUCAACGUCCGCGCCGGCAAGCUGCCCGAGGCCGAGGUCAACGGCGUCCGCUACCUCAAGAUGCCGAUCAACCUCUUUGGCAGCAUCGACGAAUUUGUGGCUCGCCAGGGCAAGUUCCGCAUCAUCGACAACGAUGUUCUCGUCGGCCCGUGGCUUUCCACUGACGACCUGACAUAUCUCGCCGACAAGGGGCUGGUCGCCUCGAUCGUCGACGUUGCCGCCGCCAACGAGGACGGCCACCUGGAGAACGAGGGCGAGGCCGUUGCCGCCGCAGGCCUCUCGUUUGCCGCCGCGCCCAUCCCGCCGUCGGGCCCGACAGUCGCCGACCUCACCGCCGCCGUUGCCGCCUUUGACGCCGCCCCCAAGCCGGUCCUUGUCCACUGCCGGUCCGGCGCUCGUGCUGCCGCCGUCGUCGCCGCCGCCCGCGCCCGCGCCGCGCCCGACACCGUCGACACUCUCAUGUCCGAGUACAUGGUCGUCAAGGACGUCCACAAGCAGCUUGUCCGCGACUACCUUGCUGCGCAGGUGUAG